UCAGCUGCGUGUACACGACCUCCUUGACGCUCAGCAACUGGAUCGGCGGCGGAGACGUCAAGCCGCCCGGUUACUGCGACUCGCAAUCUGUAUAGAUGUUCCACGAUCUGUCUUCCCGACCCUUUCCUGGAAGGUUUAACGAACCGUCCAGUACGUAUGUGAUGGACGCUACCAUGAAGCCACUACAAAUGCUAUUGUUGAUACAUAUUUCUGCCCGUUCGAUUACAAUCAUGAUUGUCUCUGUGCUUGGAUACAGGACCGUUUCUCAAGACCAACUCAGCCUGUUUCUUUUUCCAUUGUUCCUUUUUGUGGGUUUUACUCUGGCUAUGUUUGAUAUAGACUUUAGACGAGAUUGCCAAUUUUACGAAUAUACAUCACACCUGAUCGUCCAAUAGACACUUGGAAGCUUUAGUACAACCCACGAACCCCUCCGCACCACCCAGCAAAAAUGACCUACAAAGAGGAACCAAACCCACCCAA